CCUAGGUAGCGUCUGACAGUGGUAGCUUACAUCACGCCUCUCUUCCCACCAGUCUAUUCGAUCGUUCGUUCGAUGUCGCUCUCAUUUGGUGAUCGACACACUCCCGCGCUCCAUCCUACUCCUCCCCGUCUUGGAAAGCUUGCCCUCCAGACGUUGCUGUCCUCAACCCCUACCUACAAUUGACUAUACCGCCAUCAAGUUCUGACCUGAGUAAGACCAACUCUCCUUUCCUUGUGGUAAUACAACCGUACUGUCCGUAGAGUCAUAUCCAAUUACACUUGCACAACAAUGUCUUCAACAUCGAAACCGCCUUUCAAUUAUCCGCCUGUCAAGUUACCACAUCCAUACCUCACGGCAUAUCGAGUUCAAGCCAUUGGACAGUCGACGCCUACCAAGCUCACCCUGGUCCAGGAAGGCCAACCAUCAGGAACAAAAGCUUUGCCCAAGCCGUUGCACGCCGACACACUCACAUGGACUGACCUCUCCUUCAGCCCAAAGUCAGAAUGGCCUCCAGUUUCCAACAACAGUGCGUGGGCACGAGCACGUCGGAGUCCAAGGACUAUCUUUGAAUGGGCUGAAAGUAGUACGCCGACACUGGGACAAAUCUGGAACGUGGUCCAUGCAAUAUACCUCGCUCACCCUGCAAACGAGUAUUUCAGACUUACUCUGAACGGUUUAGGCAAGGAUGUCGUACGCCAGGAACUCCUCACGACCGGACUGGCAAUCGAAUACCCCCAGGCAUGGCGACCUGGCGACGACAAAGACUUUCGUUCCGACGAAGUCUUGGUUUUGAGAAGUUCAUUCUGGCAGGGCGCCGGUUCUCCUUUGGGUCCCCGCCCAAUCUGGGCAGUCGGCGACGGCACAGAUGGUUCUCUGAGAGAACGUCUGGACCAGUACGCCAUCAUGCCCGAGAACUACCACUUCACCAUGAAAUUCCCCCAAGAACCAAUCUACACCCGGCACCCGGUCCGUCGACCAAAGCCCCAUCCAGGCUCGAUUGCCUACAGCCGCUACAUUCCCGAGCUCGACGAGCACUUCUCGCUCGAAGUGGUGGACUGGCAAAACGCAGAACACCUCGGGCUCUUCAACACGUGGCAGAACGACCCGCGAGUGGCCCAGGGCUGGAAUGAGACCGGCACACUGGACCAACACCGCGACUACCUCAAAAAGUUAUGGUUUGAUCCUCAUGUUCUGUGUCUGUUUGGACGAUUCGACGACCGUCGCUUUUCAUAUUUUGAACUUUACUGGGCCAAGGAGGAUCAUUACGGGGCUCAUUACGACGCCGGUGACUACGACCGCGGGCGACACUCUCUGGUUGGCGACGCGUCGUUUCGAGGAUCCCACAGGGUGAAUGCGUGGUACUCUAGCUGCAUCCAUUACUGUUUUCUGGACGACCCGCGGACCGCCAACGUCGUGGGAGAGCCCAAGGCCGCGGGAGCAACCAUCUUGUCGUACGAACAGUCCCAGGGACUCGUCAUCGGCAAGUACGUGGAUCUGGGUCACAAGAGGUCGGUUCAUUCAGUGUGUAGCCGGGAAAAGUGGUUUCAGUUGUGUCCUCUGUUCUGGGACGGCCGAGAGCGACCUCUAGAGUCGUCGGACCGUGCGGCGUGGAAUGCAAAACUUUAGGGUUUGGUCAUGCUUAUCUAUAGGAUUUGGACCAUACCAAAACCAAAAAAUAUGAUUCUUUGUCACGACGUCAAUAUCAAGCCCAUUUUGGC